AUGGAUUCGGACGAAGAAAUUUUGUCUACGUAUUCUAGUUUGACUGUGACUUCAAGAAGUGCGACAACAAUUUCUACUAGAGAUUCCGCAAGCAACGCAGUUCCUGCUGUCGUGGAUCAAAAUGAGGAAGUUUUUGAGGAUGCAAGCAGUGACAUCAGUAUCUUAACAAAACGAGUGGUGUCGUCGAUUCGUUUGGAUCGAACCAAACUGCGCAUAGCAGUUCAUCAGGAUUUGUGCACUCAUACGCAAAAGAUCUACGAGCCAUUGUUCCUGAGAAAAUGUGAAGUUCAGAGAGCCAGACAGGGUUCUGCACCACCAAACAUUAUUCCAAUCCAGAAUGUGGAAAUCAUGGAUUCCCAAGAGAAAAUGUCUUGUCAUUCUGCUCUUUUGACCAGUCUCAACUCUCCAACUUAUUGUGUUCGUUUCUUGGCUGCUAAUAUCAGCCAUAAACCUAAAAAUGUGCUCGUCUAUGCUUCUCCAAUCAAUUUUGUCCGAUUCGUCGUACGUCCAGAACACCAGCAAACAUCUCAAUCCGUAUUCGAAGAUCCAUCGGAAACGGUGUCACUCAUGAUGAGCCCCGAUGAGUCUAUUGUCGCAAAACGAAUGAUUCCAAAAUGGCAAACUGUCACUUUUACAUUGGCUUUCGGAAAGAACGUAGCUGUCAAGUAUCGUGUCAUUGAAACUCGUAAACAACCAAUCCUUCAUGUUAACGCCAAAGUUGACCGAGUCAAACGUGUUCCUACCAGUACCCUCUAUCGUAUUGAACCCGAACAGAGAGUCGAAUACUGGAACUGCUUCAAAGCGAACGAGCUGAAGUUGUCCACCGUAGAGAAGAAUGAUCCACAAAUUGUGAAAAGAGUAUUUUUGGAGACAUCAGGAGAUGCUUGUCACUCAGUGGAUAUUGUGGAUGGCUACGCGGACAACAACCCCCCAAGGACAAAAUCAAGCUGA